AACCCUCCUCCCCUCCUUCCCUCCGCCCACGACUCCCACCCCGUGCCGCCGCUGCAGCGAAGCCUUCAGUGGCUGCGAGUGUGUGUAUGUGAGUGUGUGUAUGUGUGUGUGUGUGUGCUUGCGCUACAGACGCUGGGAGUGUCAUAACUCUGACCUCUGGCUGGAGCGGCGGUAUCCGGGCGGGCGCGUCACUCUCAGAGCAGGCGGCGGGGAGAGUGGGACUGCUAAAGGCAGGGCAGCCGAGGCGCAGGGCAUGGAGCCGGCAAACGCGGUCUGAGAACGCUACCGCUAGCGGGCUCCAGCCUCACCGCAGCCACAGCCGCGGCUCCUAUUCCGAAGCCAUCCUAACUUUUUCUUUCUCUUUUGCCCCCUGUACAAAGGGGAUUUACGGAGUGGGCGGACAGGUCGGUGGCGGAGCCUGAGGCAAGCUGGACGCAGCAUGAUGCGCAGAGUGUGGGAGGCGCUGGCAGCUCUGGCGGCCGUGGCGUGCCUAGUGGAAGCGGUACGCGGGGGGCCAGGGCUCAGCAUGUUCGCGGGCCAGGCAGCGCAGCCGGACCCCUGCUCUGACGAAAACGGGCAUCCUCGCCGCUGCAUCCCCGACUUCGUUAACUCGGCCUUCGGCAAGGAUGUGAAGGUGUCCAGCACCUGCGGCCGACCCCCAGCCCGCUACUGCGUGGUGGUUGAGCGCGGAGAGGAGCGGCUGCGCUCUUGCCACCUCUGCAACGCUUCUGACCCCAAAAAAGCGCACCCGCCCACUUUCCUCACCGACCUCAACAACCCGCACAAUCUGACCUGCUGGCAGUCCGAGAACUACCUGCAGUUCCCGCACAACGUGACACUCACUCUCUCCCUGGGCAAGAAGUUCGAGGUUACCUACGUGAGCCUCCAAUUCUGCUCACCAAGGCCGGAGUCCAUGGCAAUCUACAAGUCCAUGGACUACGGGCGCACUUGGGUGCCUUUCCAGUUCUACUCUACCCAAUGCCGCAAGAUGUACAAUCGCCCACACAGGGCUCCCAUCACCAAGCAGAACGAGCAGGAGGCUGUAUGUACCGACUCGCACACAGACAUGCGUCCGCUGUCCGGGGGGUUGAUAGCCUUCAGCACGCUGGACGGGCGGCCCUCUGCGCACGAUUUUGAUAACUCUCCAGUCUUGCAGGACUGGGUCACGGCCACAGACAUACGAGUGGCCUUCAAUCGGCUGCACACCUUUGGCGACGAGAACGAAGAUGACUCGGAGUUGGCGCGGGACUCUUACUUCUACGCUGUUUCUGACCUGCAGGUGGGCGGCCGCUGCAAGUGCAAUGGCCACGCGGCCCGCUGUGUGCGCGACCGCGACGACAGCUUGGUGUGCGACUGUAAGCACAACACGGCGGGACCGGAGUGCGACCGCUGCAAGCCAUUUCAUUACGACCGGCCCUGGCAGCGGGCCACGGCCCGGGAAGCCAACGAGUGCGUGGCUUGUAAUUGCAACCUGCAUGCCCGCCGCUGCCGCUUCAACAUGGAACUCUACAAAUUGUCCGGGCGCAAGAGUGGGGGUGUCUGCCUCAACUGCAGGCACAACACUGCGGGACGUCACUGCCAUUACUGCAAGGAAGGUUACUACCGAGAUAUGAACAAACCCAUCACUCACAGAAAGGCCUGCAAGGCUUGUGAUUGCCACCCUGUGGGUGCAGCUGGCAAGACCUGCAACCAAACCACGGGUCAGUGUCCCUGCAAAGAUGGUGUGACUGGCAUCACGUGCAAUCGAUGCGCCAAAGGUUACCAGCAAAGCCGAUCUCCCAUUGCUCCCUGCAUAAAGAUUCCUGUAGCUCCACCCACCACAGCAGCAAGCAGCAUAGAGGAGCCAGAAGACUGUGAUUCCUACUGCAAGGCCUCCAAAGGGAAGCUGAAGAUUAACAUGAAAAAGUAUUGCAAGAAGGACUAUGCCGUCCAGAUACACAUUUUGAAGGCUGACAAGGCUGGGGACUGGUGGAAAUUCACAGUCAACAUUAUCUCUGUCUACAAACAAGGCACCAGCCGCAUCCGGAGAGGUGACCAGAGUUUGUGGAUCCGCUCAAGGGACGUGGCCUGUAAAUGCCCCAAAAUCAAGGUCCUGAAGAAAUACCUGCUCCUUGGCAAUGACGAGGACUCUCCUGAUCAGAACGGCAUCGUGGCGGAUAAAACGAGCCUGGUGAUUCAGUGGAGGGACACGUGGGCGCGGCGGCUCCGGAAGUUCCAACAGCGAGAGAAGAAGGGGAAGUGUAAGAAGGCCUAGUGGGGAGCAGCCUGAGCUCCAGUGUCAAGAGGGCGUGAAAGAGAGAAUGCGUGCAAGAGAAUGAUUGAGCGAUGGAGCGUGCGCUGCUUUGUGUAGACCCUGGAGCAGACAGGAUUGGAACAGGACCGUGGUGGAUUUCACUUUGUCUUGGGGCUGGGGCUGGGGCUGGGGCUGGGAAGGAGGUGAGGGAUCGGGAAAGGAAGGGCUGGGUGUGCCCUCCCACUAUUGGGACAGAAGCCACAGAACGCAAAGCUAGCAAAGCUAGCUGCUAUGGGAAGUUGGGGCCCAAGCGAAGACCUCAAAUGGCAGCAUCCAGUGGCCCCUCCCCUCCUAGCUAGCGCCCCCUGUAGGUGAAGGGGAAGAAAGUCACAUAGACCCAUAAUUGUGGAAACCUGCAAAAGCUACUGGUUCCAAAGCCCACACACACAGGAACAAGGGAUUCAAUGGGAUGGAUAGGCUUCUCCUGCAGCCUGUCCACACACCCCCUCCCUCCAUCCCAAAGGGAUUGGAUGAGAAUUCAGUCAAAGAGGACAGACCCUGAGGAAGAGGUGUGAGCAGAUGACCUUUCCUUAACGGGCCUCAGUUUUCUCUUGGUAAAAUGAGGAUGUUCUUUACCUACCUCAUAGGGCUAUAUAGAGAUCAAAAGUGCUUCCUUUGCAAGUACUAAGCAUUAUUAUCGAUGAGAAGCCACUGAGGGUAUAUUGUUCAUUGCACAGACCUGGCCCAGGAGGGUAGCAUGCAAAGAGUUACACCUGAAUCUUUACAAGAUUUGGGAAGAACACUUUCAUGUUACUUGAAUUUAAAUGUAUGAUUAAAAUCUUGGUGUUAGCAAUGAAGCAAACUGUGGUAUGAACUGAAUUAGGAUAGCUGUGAAUUCUCUAACAACCUGGGCGAUUUAACCGAGGGCAGGCCGGCUUCUAUGAGGGCAGCAAUGCAAGGGUGUUAGAACCCUGGAGUCCUCCUUCUGCCUCCUCCAUUUGCGCUGACGUUCUGUUUCCAGAUCCCUCUGCCCCUUUCCAUUUGGUGGCUCUCCCUUUGGCCCUCUCCUCUGCCUUUUGGGCUGCGUCCCAGAUUGAAUGAGUGAGGGGCUCUUUGUCCUUGAGGAUUCACUUUGUCCCACUUGACCCUGGUGGGAACAGGAGGUUAAAUGAAUUGACAUGCAUUUAUUAAGCACCUACUACAUGGCCUGGUAUAAUGUGAGGGUCUUGGUUUGAGCAGGUGGCUCUAACAAAGGAGCUCAGCACAUAGCUCCCUGUGCCAGUGUUCAGGAAGGGUCUGGGCUAGACAAAGUGCCUGGCCCCAAGGAGUCUUAGAAGAUCACUUCAGAGAGGCCCCGAGCUGGGUGGGCAGCCUAUGCUGGUUCCACCUCGAAGGGAGGAGGCCUGGACUAGGAGGAGUCAAAGUCAAAACCUCCCAGAUCGUUUCCUCUUUGGAAACUUGGAACCAGCCCCUUUUAUAACAUUUUCAGGGGGGGAGGGGAAGGGGAACCUUGCUGCCUAGUUUUAUAGCAGUGACAUUAUUUAUGUAAUGACAUCAGUUCCCAGAGUGCAGUGCAACUGGAAAGUGCCUGGAGAGCAAGUGGAAUGAAGGGUGGGGAGUUAGUGGGCCCCUGGGCCCUGGAGAAAGAUGGUUUGUCCUAAGCCAGGAUGGCUAGGAAGGCCUACAGAGCUGACCCUAGAGGUGAAGUCUUAAGUUUUACAUGUCAUUAACUUCUUUCCUUCCCUUUCCAGUGAAGCUGCUGGGAAGGUUUAAUUGAAAUAAUGCCUGCACUUCUGGCUCCUGCCCUUAGGUUAUAUUUCCUUUUGGCAGAUGCCAGAGCCUCAUGAGGGCUACUAGCUGGGCUAAGAACCAAGGGAUCAGGGCCAAGGAAGCCUGCUGGUGCAUCUCCCAUCUCACAUAUCUCAGAGCCCCUGGGAUCACUACCCUGUGGCUCCCCAUGGACCCCUUCCAACCUAGUCUAGACCUUAUGAGGCUAAGCACAAGGGUGCCUUCCCUUUCUCAAUGGGCUGGAUGUCACCUCCUUGAAUCAUUCAUCUGCCUUUAGGGUAGUCCCAUUCUUCUCUGAAAAUACCUGUUCAACAAGGACUGUCACUGAGUCAGUGUCCAGGCUGAAACCUGAAUUCUUUUUAUUUUGUAGAGUCUCACACAGGACCUUUUAGUUUUUCUAUUCUCUUGGGCACCCCCAAAUUUUACCAGGAAUUCCCCAAAAAAUAUUUGUGCUCUGCCACUCCCAAAUUAGAAAUACCACAUAGGGACCCUAUACAAAGCAAUGCAUGAUUCACUUUUCCAGUUUUUCAGGGCCAGAUCUCCCAAUUUCAUUUCUUAAUUCACAGAAUCUCAGUGUUAGAAGGGACCUCAAACCUCUUUCUAGCAUAUCUGAGUAAAGGUCAUCCAGCCUUUGCAAUGAGGGAGAACACACUACUUUUGAGGCAUUCAUGGAUAGUGCUCGUUCUUGGGAAGUUUUUCCUUAUAUCAAACCAUAUUUGCUUCUUUGCUACUCUGGCCAUUAUUCCUAGUUCCGCUUGCUGGGGUCAUGCAGAACAAGUCUAAUCCCUUUUCCACAUGACAGACUUGCAAAUACUUGAAGACAGCUAUUAUAUUCCUUCCCAGUCUUUUCUCUACACUAAACAUUACCAGUUCUGUCAACUGAUCUUCAUGUGGCAUGAUCUCAAGUUUCUUCACCAUCCCUGCUGCCCCUUCAUUGGAUACUCUCCGGUUUAUGAAGAGUCUAAUUAAAGUGUUUCAGACACAACUGAAUCCAGUAGUCCAGAUGUGGCUUGAUCAAGGUUAGAUUAGAAAGGAACUCUCCAUUCCCAAGUCCUGGACACUGUGCCACUCAGUAUAGCCCAAAAUGGCCUUCCCUUUCUUGGCUGCUUUUUCACAUUGUGGACUCUUGUUGAAUUUGCAAUUCAUUAAAACUCCCCAACUUUUUUUUUUAGAUGAACUUCUGCUUGUGCUUCUCCACCUUAUACUUGUGAAAUUGAUUUUUUUAACCCAAGUGUGAGAUGUUAACAUUUCCCCCUUUCUCCUGCAUAUUCCAAUCCAUCUUGUGUUCUGGUCCAUUGAGAUUUUUUUUUUAUCUCGACUUCUGUCAUCCAACAUUAGAGUUGCUUGGCAGUAUCAUGCUUCAACCCUAUCCCUUUUCCAGGAAUAAUACCAAGGAAGAUAUUAGGACUUGGGGUGAUUGGUUUUCCCUCCCUUUCCCCAUUUGUCACAGAAGGGGGCUGUGUUUUCAUGAUCACCCACAACCCAAGUCUGAUUCUCCUGCAGUGAGCUUCCCUGGUAGUACAGUGAGUGACAUUAGCCAUUAGCUCAAAUUGCUGUGUACAAAUUCAGUCUAAAAGGGCCUUUCUUAGAGAGUCUCAAUUGGAAAGGAUAACAGGAAAGGAAUUUCCUAAUAAUUAUCACCACAGGACUUAAGGAUCAAGCCUAUCCCAUCCUAUAUCCCUGCCAGAAGCUCCCCAGGUUCUGGAGCUCUGUGCCAUAAUUGUCAUCCAGGGAAGGAUAUUUCUUUCUGAUCUCUGUGCCCUGCCCAGACUGACUGAGGAAUGAAAGAACCUGCCAUGGAGAAAGAAUUGGACAAAUGGCGAAGAAGAAUGAAAUCGCUUUAUCGAGGAAAGCCUCUGAAUCAGCAAUACAUAGAAGAAUAUCUGCUAAGACACACACAAAAAAAAUUGUUUUUAUCCUCAAAUUGUUUUUAUCCUCAUUGGGCAGCCUCUAACUUCCUGCCACAGAUUUAGUUUUCUUCUUCAACAUGAGUUCUUACAGCUCUCCCCAUCCUCUCCAGUUCUUACCCAAUGAGGAUUAACUUUAAGGUCCUUUGUCUGCAUGACAGUAAAAGCUGUUAGUUUGUUGUUGAAAUCCCCCAUUGAAGACUAUGGCAGCCAGUAAGCUCAGGCUAAAGCCCAGGGUUCCAAACAGAAGCUGGAUGACUAUUUGUCAGCAGAGCAGAUUCUGGCAUGGGUUGGGAGUUAGGACUAGUUGACCUCUAAUCAGACUUCUAUUUGGAGGAGUCAAGUUAACUUGUCAGGGCUUGAAGCCAGAUGUAGGCCUUGUGCAAGAAGAGCAAAGAUCACUGCCUGAGGAGAGUCAGCCCUUGAAGUUUGUCUUGGAGUCUACCCCAUUCCUCUGAAGACUCUUGAACACAGAAGCUGUGGCUUAAGCUCUGGGACCCAUCAGGCCUGUGAGGGGGAUAUUGAGCUGUAAAAAGGAUUCAAAUAAGCUUACCACAGGAAGUAAAAUACAUUCUUGUCAAUUCUCUUCAAAGAACCAGUCCAGAUCCAAACUCCUAUUCUCGUGUUCCUUUGUUUCCUCAAACUAAUAUGGGGCUUUGUAAGGCAAGGAUCAACUGUCUACAUCUAAGCUUCAUAAAACUUUCAGCUCUUCUGUGCUUAGCUGUUUCUGCCCAGGAUCAAUGACUCCUAUGGCUUAAAGCCACCUUGCCUCUCUGGACCUCACAUUGCUCCUCUGUAAAAUGAGGGGGCUGAACCCUUCCAGUUCUGACAUUCUGUAAGUCCAGUCAGAAAUGACCAGCCCUGCUUAGCACCCUCAUGACCUGUUUACCUGGUGUCUCGUGAGCCAGGAUAUUCCGUUCUCUUCCUGAAAAUAAUUUGCCUUCCCCUUUUUUCAGCUUAGGAUCCAGGAAGUGUGGCUUAAGUACUCCAGGCCCCACAGCUUACAGGUCAUCUUCCCUAUGGAUAGUUCAGUUCAGCCCUGUUGCUGCCCACUUCUGUGGCUGUAGAGAUGCUGGGAGAUUUGAAAGACUCAGCUAAGUUUUGGUGGCCACUACUGAAGUCCUUGGAAUUUGAGUUUCAGAGUGAAUGUGUUCUCUCAACCCCACCUUUCCUAAAUCCAAAUGAAUCAAAUCACAAGAUCCCUCUGGUUCCAGCCACUAGAGCCAAGAAAAAAAAGCAGGCAGUGAUAAUGAUGAUCCCACCUGCCCUUGAGACAGCUGCCCCAGUCAUUAGGCUUCUGGGAAAGAGAAGGAAAUAAAAAUUGAGGAGUUCCUGUUUCUAUAGUUAGGGUGAUAUGUAAAAUUGAACUAGAUUUUGGAGAGUUUAUUAACCAGAAAUGUUAUGGUAGGUAUUUAAAGGAAAAAACUCAUGAGACUAGUCUAAAAAAAAUCCCCAAUUAUACCUUUUCUUUUCCAGUGGGGGCUCAGUGGGUGGUCUGGCCCCUUUGGCCAACUAAUGAGCCCCUACAUUAGUUACAAGUAGUAACACUAAGAAUUAGGAGGGGGUUGCUUUGGAAAGAAGGGGUGCCUGGCAAGGUAGACACUGGGGCCUUUUCUCAGCUUUGCCCCAAUCUGGAUUAAAGAAAAAACUCUUCUAAAAUGACCAUCCACUUAACUACCAGAUAUUUGGUGGAAGAUGAAGACACUACCUGGGAAGAAGGCAAGGGCAUCAUUUUCCCUACCGAGCAGGGGACAAUGAGGGGCACUUCAGUUUCCCUGGUUCUGGGCUGAGAAAGCCUUUGGAAUUGGUUGGAAUGGGAGGGGAAGGGGGGGGGUCUCAUCAAAGUCAGAAUAAAGACUGAGACAGGGAGCCAGACCAUAACUCCCUGUAUUGUCAUCAGCUUCAGUUUCAAUCUGUAUAAAACAGGGUCAUAUUUUCCUUAGAAGUGACACAUCAGUGAUAGCCCAGAAGAGACUUUGACUUCAUGGGCGAAGCAAAUGUUAGAAAAUUGUGUCUCUAGAAAGCUACAGAUCAUGGCGAGGCAUGGAAGUUGCGAAAGUGAAAUGAAGGCCUUUUGUUCCUCAGUGAGGAGGCCAAACACAGGAAUAUGUUCAGAGGGCUAAGGUAUCUCCAUAUUCCUGCAAGCAACAGAUGAGCACAAACCACGGGAGAAUUUCAAUGUUGGUGGGGUUUCUCUGAAUCCCCCCUCCCCCCCCAAACAAACCCCAGCUUAUUUUACGACUGAAGUUCUCCCUUGCCCCAUGCUCCUGGAUGUGCUACUUACCCUAUCUUCCUUCCAUUUGGAUUCCUUUCUGUGUUUGAUUUCUGUUUGUUUGGAAUUGUAAAUGUAUAGCUGUGACCAUGGCAUACUGUUUGGGUCAAUGUUCCUUUCCAAUGCAUACUAAUAUAUUAUGGUUAUUAUAUAUGAAUAUAUUUAAUGACAUGGGAAAAGUUGUGGAUUUUCUUAUUUUUUUUAAGUUCUUUUUUGUUGUUGUUGUUGGUAGAGCUGCAAUGGAAUCAGAUGGAGCUUGUAAUGUGGGCCCCCACUUGGUAGAACUAAAUUCAGAGAGCAGUUGAAUAAACUCUUGUACACUG